GUCAGGGGUACACGGAAUGGCCCGCCGUCGCACGUGCUGAAAGGGUCCUUUGUGUGCCCCACCUUUUCAGGGGCUUUAGCGCUCGUGGUUGGCCACAGCCCCCACCAUUCAGCGGUCCCCAUGACGUGGCGUCCACUGUUUUGUUUGUUGUCCACGACAAACAUCGCGCCUCCAUUUCCAUCAUGACCUUGUCCUUGUCCCUGUCGUCCAUCUCCCGCUCAGCCCUACCCGCUCUCCAUAUCGCCGGUCAUCGAUGAUCCCAAGUCCAUCAUGGCGACAGACUCCAGCACCCAGACCGAGACGCUGCCCGAGAUCGACGAGGAUGACUUCGUGAUCAUCACCCACCAAGAAGCCAACGCAUUGCGUCGCCCGCGCUUCCUCAACGAUAUCAGCGAUUACAUCGACAGCAUUGCCGAGGAACUAUGGCCCAUCAACAAGAAGAUCCACGACAAACCUGAGCUUGGGUAUGGCGAAGUCAUCGCCCAUUACACGCUGACGGCGUACAUGAAAACACAACCAGGAUGGACGGUGACGCGGUCGGCGUACGGCAUGAAGACGGCCUGGGUCGCUGUUUACGACACUGGCAGACGGGGACCUUGUGUUUCGUUCAACGUUGAGAUGGACGCCCUCCCCGCCAUCGGCCACGCCUGCGGCCACAACCUAAUCGCCACCGCCUCCCUCGCCGGCGCCCUCGCCACCGCCCAUCUCCUCUCCCUCUACUCCCUCCCCGGCCGCGUCGUCCUCUUCGGCACGCCCGCCGAAGAAGGCGGCGGAGGUAAGAUCCGUCUUUUAGCCGCGGGCGCUUACAAAGACCACGGCGUCGACAUCAGUCUCAUCUCUCACCCGGGCACGGUGGGCGAUUGCGCCCUCACGCACACGACCGCGUACAUUCGGAUGAAGGUGGAAUACUUUGGCAGAGAAGCGCACGCCGCGGCGGAGCCGUGGUUGGGUGUUAACGCGCUGGACGCGUUGAUCACGGCGUAUAAUGGGAUUAGUGUGUUGAGGCAGCAGACUAUGCCGAGUGAUAUUAUUCAGGGACAUAUUACGGAUGGCGGGGCGAAGCCGAAUAUCAUUCAUGCGUAUGCGGCGGGGAUUUUUGUGGUUCGGGCGGCGACGCAGAGGCGGUUGGAGGAGCUGCUGGGGAAGGUGAUGGCGUGUUUUGAUGCGGGCGCGAUGGCGACGGGGGCGAAGGUCAAGGUGACGAGGUUGAUGGCUUACAAGGAUCAUGUGCCUAAUCGAUUGUUAGGGAGGAGUUAUGUGCGGUACUUUAAUCCGUUGGUUCCCGAGGAGGGAGAUGGAGGGAGGGAUGGGGAUGGGAAUGAGGCUGGAGGGCCGAAGAAGAUUCCGGAGGAUCAGGAUGUGGAUAAGAUGAGGGGGUGGAGUGGUGCUAGUUCGGAUCAGGGCGAUAUUGCUCACGCGAUGCCGAGUAUCAUGCCCGGGUUUGAGAUACCGCCGGGACCGGGAGGGGCGGGGCCGCACAAUCCGGGGUUUGCGGAGAGUGCGGGGACGAGGCUGUCGUUCGAGAGGAGUUUGAGAGUUGCAAAGGCGUUGGCGGGUACGGCGGUGGAUGUGUUGACUGUUGAUGGACUGUUAGAAGAAAUCAAAAAGGAGUGGAGGCGGUCGAUGAACGGGGGUAAGUGAAGGAAGAGCAAAACGAUGGAACGGUUAACGACGUUAUGACAUUAUGACAGCGGUACAGAUUGGAUAUAGGUUGGAUAUAAGAUAACACGGUAACGGGCUGGCCCCAUCUUCCAUCAAACAACAUCUCUUACCCCCUUCCUUCUUUCC